AUGACGUGCUGGACGGUGCGGAGCGCGCCGGCAAGGGCAGCCGCCGAAGGAGAGCCACCGACGUGCGCGCUGGUGCCUGUGGACCGCAAGCCUUCGCCGGUGAAAGACAGCUGGAUCUCCGAAAAGGUCUACAUCGAUGAGGUGGAGAUGCCCUACCGGCCGAGCUACUUGCCGGAGCACGAGGACGGGCUCCCUACGGACCUGGAGAUCUUCGUCCGGGGUCUCCCGAAGGUGUGCGCAGAGCGCGACCUCUGGGAGCAUCUUUACAGGCUGGGCGCCACGGACGUGAAGGAGAUCCUGCUGCUGCGGCGCCAGAAGCAGUCCAAGGGCCUGGCGUACGUGGUCUUCAACCGCCAUGACCAUGCUGUGCUGGCCAAGAACAAGCUGCAGGGCACACCCGCCUCCUCCAUCACGUGCGGCGAGCCGCACGAGGAGAAGCAGACCUUGCAGGUGCGCUUUUCUGAGCCUGGGGGCUUGGAUUUUCUCGGAAGGUCCGAGCGCUGCAUCAACGGGCGCAGCAACGUCUACGGCGCGGACAUGGCAGUGCUGCUGAUGGGUCCUCGCGCCAGGGCCAUGCUGGAGGUGAAGGACGGCUCCGGGCUGCGGAAGGUGACGCUGACGGGGCGCAACAUGAAGACCUUCGGACAGGUGGAUGAGGAUCCGCGCAUGCACAUGGUGGUUUACUACGAGCCCGAUGAGACGGAGAACGUGGCGAAAGGUUUGGAUGUGUGGAGCAAGCAGUUGGGGGAGAUCCACCGAGAGAUUGUGGAGCGGAGCAAGGGCAAGGGCAAGGGCAAGGGCUGGCCCUGGAUGCCGCCGCCUUUCUUUGACGGGCGACCACCCUAUGGGCCACCUCCGCCGUAUGGCCCCCCAAUGCCGGGGGUGCCGCCGCACAUGCACCCGCCCAUGCAUCCGCCGCCGGAGCCGGUGGUAGAGGCGCCGGUGCUGCUGGUGCGGCGCCGGCUGCUGGAAGCCGAGGACGGAAAGCCGCCCAUGAUGAGCGACGAGAAAGUGACAGAGGCCACCAGCCUCCGGGGCCGCGAGCUGAGAUGGCAGCCCUGGCCGGAAGUGAGCAAGUUCAACGGGGAGUGGAAGGUGACUCCCUUGCGCUGGGGGCUCCGUGGUGAGCUUUUUGUUUUGCUCCGACACCGGGAGUCCGGCGAGACAAAGGUCUGCGCAGCGGAGGUCCAGAGUCCUCUGGACAAGUGGCCCGUGCUGCACAGCAACCCCGCAGCUUCCUCGUCAACGAGGUACAAGUCCUUCACCUUCAACGAGCACCUCUUCGUGAUUUCCAUUGACCGGGCAUCAGGUGUUCUGAAGGUCUUCCACGUGCCGGACCCCGGCGCGGCCUGGAACGUCGCCUUUGAGACGACGCUCCCCGAAGAUCCCCGGGAUCGGCAGGACUUGCCGCUCAGCCGAGCAGCGAAGCUCUGCGUCUUCUACGGCACGGAUCGGACGCCCUAUGCCGUCGCAGUGGAGCCGAACGUGUCCGACGGCCGAACCUGCUCGGUGUUCCGGAUCGCCGAUCCGGCGAAAGCCUGGACGCUUUGUGCUGAAGCACCUGCGUUGCCACCAAAGGUGCGGCUUCUCAUGGUGUACACCAAAGCGCGGUCCCCGAACCCAACGGAGCUCGAGGCGUGCCUUUUUGCCAUCGACGCAGCCGGGGAGAUGAAGGUGUACCAGGUGCCUUCGGACAUGGACAAGCCUUGGACGCUGAUUUCAUCUCUCCCUUUUUCCGGCGACACACGCCUUAGCUGCAUCUACGUGCCGGGCAAGCCUGAGCCACUUCUCAUGGCGGGCAGCCCCACGGAGAAGAUGCAGAAGCUGUGCCACCUGAACCUCAUGGAGUGGCGCAUGGCCAAGCUGAAGGACGAUGCCCGGCCGCCGAAGGCCCCGGUCGUGGAGGAGAAGUUCAGCAGGCCCAUGUCCUCGCUUUGGCCUGAAAGCAGGGCAGGCGAUCCACAGAGUGUGGUGGCCUUGCCGGUGGACUGCACCGCGGACCUGGCGGUGAGCCGGCACGGCUGGGUCACCACGCCGGCCGGGGGACCUGGCGAGGGCGUGCGUGGAGGGCGGGAGCUCGGCUCCGGGAAGGUCAUGGCAACUUGCAGGCCCGUGGUGUCCGUCUACAACUUCGAGAACCCCAAGGAGAAGACCGGAACUGUGGUCAUGCCCCACGUGAUGCAGUCCCCUCUGCGCCCAGAUCUGGUCCGAGAGGUCCACAGGGACAUGAACAAGAACAAGCGCCAGGCUUACGCCGUGAAGGCCAAGGCAGGCUACGACACCGCCGCCGAGUCCUGGUGCACCGGCCGAGCUGUGGCCCGUAUCCCCCGCGCGCCAGGCGGUGGAACCCACCGUGCUGGCCAGGCGGCCUUCGGAAACCAGGCCCGCGGCGGAGGCAUGUUCAACCCCACCAGGAUCUGGCGCCGCUGGCACCGCAAGGUGAACCUCACCAAGAAGCGCCAUGCCGUGGCUGUGGCUUUGGCUGCCAGCAGCUUGCCUCCCCUGGUGAUGGCACGGGGUCACCGCAUCAAUGAGGUGGCUGAGCUGCCCUUGGUGGUGACUGAUGGCAUUGAGAAGCUGAGCAAGACCAAGCAGGCAGUGGAGGCACUGAAGAAGCUCGGCUGCGGUGAGGACUUGACUCGUGUCCUUGAUUCCAAGAAGAUCAGGCCGGGCCAGGGCAAGGCGCGCAAUCGCCGAUACGUGAAGGCAUGCGGCCCCCUGAUCAUCUACAAUGAGGACCAGGGCAUCACUCGGGCCAUGCGAAACAUCCCGGGCGUGGAGACUGCGCACAUCGACCGCCUCAACCUGCUGCGCUUGGCGCCUGGGGGUCACUUCGGCCGCUUCACCAUCUUCACAGAGAGCGCCUUCAAGAAGCUGUCGGCCAUCUACGGCACGCACAAGAGCGGCGCUCCGCUGAAGAAGGGCUACCACCUGCCCCGGGCCGCCAUGGCGAACGCGGAUCUUGCCCGCAUCAUCAACAGCACUGAGGUGCAGUCCGUGCUUCGCCCCAAGAAGGAGAAGGCCACCUUUGCCCCGAAGCGCAAUGCCUUGAAGAGCAAGGAGGUCAUGGAGGAGCUGAACCCGGGCUCCACUGACCGCAAGGCCGCGCUGCAGAAGAGCUCCGAGAAGGGCACAUCCGAGUUCGCGGAGGUCCAGAAGGCCAAGAAGGCACGCAUCGAAGAGGCCAAGAAGUACAACAAGGAGAACAAGAAGGGCGAGGGCAGCUUCUACAAGACCCUGAUGAAGGCCUUCGAGGCCAAGGCCGCGGCGGACGCCGCCAAGAAGGCUGCGGAGAAGAAGGAGGCUGAGGGCGAGGAGGAGGCCGAGGAGUGA